AUGGUGUUUGACAAGUACAUUUCCCGACUGGAGACCUUUCUUGGAAUCGUGCGAAGCACUAUUGAUCUUGGCACACUCUGGCUAGAGACCAAUCCAGAAGGAGUGGACACACCAUUGGACGAGUAUUUUGCACACGUCUUUGAUUGGGCGGCGAAUCCAGACCAGUGGUCCGGGUUCCUCAAAGAUUUUGUGGAAAGCUACGAGGCCAAGGAAGGAAAGCUACCCGUGUUAAACCCACAGCUCAGAUUCAAAAGGCAGGCUUUCUUGGACUACAUUCCUACCAUUACGGUAGACCAGCAGGCAGAAAGCGUCCGGCUUCUCAAGAUUUACCAGCAAUGGUUUUACAGUCACGUCAUACCCGUCGACGAAGCCAGACCAAUAGCGGGGACAACUCCAUACAAAUCCAAAUAUACCAACAAGACUGAGCAACUGCCGGCCGCGCUGGGCAUUGUUGGCUCUAAGGGGAGCGAUAUUAUGCUUGCUGAGCUGAUUUCGGCAUUGGAUACAGAAGGAGCUAUGAUUUCAAAUGCAGAGGUAGACCUAAGAUGA